UUUAUAUCUAUACAUUUAAGCUGGCAGGUUGCUCAACAAUGAUAUUUGUUACCCUCUUGUUUUGAUCAUCCAAAGCCUGUUUUGGAGUUCAGAGAAAUGGAGAUAGAAGCAGCCACUGCUAAAGAAAAGGAUGUUGCUGAGUGUGGAGAAACGAUGGAAGUUUCAGAAAAGAGAGGAAUGUACCUUGUGUGGGAAGAUUUAACUGUUGUGGUUCCAAAUUUCGGAGAUGGACACACUAAGAGAUUGCUUAACGGGCUGAGUGGAUAUGCUGAACCUAACAAAAUCAUGGCUAUCAUGGGUCCUUCUGGCUCUGGAAAAUCAACUCUUCUUGACGCUUUAGCAGGAAGACUCUCCAGAAACGUUAUCAUGUCUGGAAAUGUGUUUCUAAAUGGAAAGAAGAGGAGAUUGGACUAUGGCGGUGCUGCUUACGUGACCCAAGAAGAGACAAUGCUGGGAACUCUGACAGUGAGAGAGACAAUAUAUUACUCAGCGAAUCUAAGGCUUCCAGGGAGCAUGAGAAGAGAAGAGGUGAAUGAGAUAAUAGAAGGAACGAUUAUGGAAAUGGGUCUUCAAGAAUGUGCAGAUCGGAUAAUAGGGAAUUGGCAUUUGAGAGGUAUAAGCGGUGGAGAAAAGAGAAGACUGAGCAUUGCUCUUGAAAUCCUCACAAGGCCAACUCUCUUGUUCCUUGAUGAACCCACCACUGGUCUUGACAGUGCUUCAGCAUAUUUUGUUGCUCAAACUCUCAGAAAUUUGGCUCAUGAUGCAAAGACUGUUAUCUCUUCUAUACACCAACCAAGUAGUGAGGUUUUUGCACUCUUUGAUCAUCUCUUUCUUCUCUCUGGGGGUCAAACAAUAUACUUUGGACCUGCACAAAAGGCAACUCAGUUCUUUGCCAAAGCUGGAUUCCCAUGUCCAAGUAGAAGAAACCCUUCUGAUCAUUUCCUUCGUUGUAUCAAUUCAGACUUCGACGCUGUCACAACCAAAAUCAGGGCCUCCCAAACAAGACAAGAAGAAGUAUCGUUAUCAACUGCAGAAAUCAAAGCAACACUCAUAGAAAAAUACCGAUGGUCUGAGUAUGCAACCGCUUCAAGAGAAAGAAUCAAGGAAAUAUCAAACAUAGAAGGACAUGAUUUUGAAAGUGAAAGGAAAUGUGAAUCCAGAUGGUGGAAGGAACUAUCAGUGCUGACUCGGAGAUCUUUCGUGAACAUGUCGAGAGAUUUAGGAUACUACUGGAUAAGGAUAACCACCUAUAUCGCCUUAUCUUUGUGCGUUGGAAUAAUCUUCUAUGAUGUUGGAACGAGUUACAGAGCCAUUUUUGCGAGAGGAUCAUGUGCUGGUUUUAUCUCAGGUUUCAUGACGUUCAUGUCCAUUGGGAGCUUCCCUUCUUUCUUAGAAGAAAUGAAGGUCUUCUACAAAGAAAGAAUGGGUGGUUAUUAUGGCGUUGGAGUCUACAUUCUCUCAAAUUUUCUAUCUUCCUUUCCGUUUUUGGCAGUGAUGUCCACUGCUACGGGGGCUAUAAGCUAUUAUAUGGUUAAGGCUAGUUCAGAAUUUUCACACUUUUUGUAUAUCACUCUUGAUCUUCUGGGCUGCAUUGCGGUUGUGGAGAGCUCCAUGAUGGUUAUAGCUUCACUGGUUCCCAACUUCCUCAUGGGAUUGACGAUUGGAGCGGGAUAUAUUUGUAUAUUUGUGCAGGGUCUUAUGAUGAUGACUUCUGGCUUUUUCCGUCCGCUCCCUGAUAUUCCCAAAUUCUUCUGGCGUUACCCAAUAUCAUACAUCAAUUACGGCGCAUGGGGAUUACAGGGGGCUUUCAAGAAUGACUUGAUUGGAAUGGAGUUUGAUCCCUUAGAACCUGGUGACCCGAAACUGAAAGGAGAAUUUAUCCUCAAAACCAUGCUUGGAGUUCGAGUUGAUAAUUCAAAGUGGUGGGACAUAGCUGCAAUCAUGAUCAUCCUCAUAUUGCUUAGAGUUCUUUUCUUUUUCAUUCUCAAAUUCAAGGAGAGAGCUGCACCUUUUCUUUAUAGCAUCUACGCCAGGCAAACUCUGCAACGUAUAAAGAAGCGACCUUCGUUCAGGAAAGGACCAUCUUUCCCUUCCAAACGCCACCAAUCACUGCAUCCCUUGUCUCCUCAAGAGGAUCUCAACUCGCUCAUUCAUUAGAACCAUCAUUUGCUGAUACAAAUAUGUAAGAGUAAUAACUUAGUUGCUAUUAUUUCUUUAGAAAUACUUAUUAACUGUCAUUGUAAAUAAAGCAUAUAGAUGGUGUUCUUAUAUUUUUUUUUUUUCAAUUAAUCAAUUCGAUGAGUUAUUUUUAUGGGCUUGUAUAACUUUAGAGUAAAAACGGAAUUAAACGAAGCUGUCUCGUAUUCUUUUGAGUUUUCUUCAUAUCAAAUGAAUUAUCAAAGCUCUCUUAUAAAGAAAGCAAAGAUUCCUCUGCAACAGAAAAGAAGGCGAGAAGGAAGAUGUUUGGGAGCAACGAACCAAACAAGACAACAUUCACAAACAAUAAAUCAAACAAGACAACAAGGAAGUUUAAAUUGAAUAAUGUUUUUUUAAGUAGGAUAUUAAGUGUAUUACUAUAAAUUGAAUUGUUAGAAGGUGUUUAAAAAAUAGUUGAUGCAUAUGGGUUUAUAAUGUAAGUAUAAAACUAGUGGCACAUUAGAACAUUACAAAGUAAGGCUAGUUGCUAAAUAAUAUACCCAACCUUAUAGUGUUGAUUAUGAGAAGACAUUUGCUCCAAUGAGAAAGAGAAAUAUUCUUAGAAUCAACCUCUCAUUAGCAAUUUUAAAUUGCAACAAUGUUUUCCUCCAUAGACAAUUAGAAAAAGAAGUCUAAAUGGAAUUUCUCCAGGUUUUAAACCCAUUGAAGAAGGAAAUAAAGUAUGCAUGUUGAAGAAAGUUUAAAUGAACUCACGUAGUCACCCCAUACUUGGUUCUCCAAAAGGUAAACUUACUCUAUUCUUAGUUUAUGUUGAUGAUAUGAUUCU